AUGAUACGAGAAGUUUUCCCCUUAUCAACCGCACUACUUUGUUAUUUUCAUGUUAUCAAAAAACUCAAAGAACACAUCGCUAAAUUAGCUAUCAGUAUUGAACGUAAACGGGAAAUUCUUAAAUUAUCGAAAAAUAUUAUUUAUUCAGAUAAUGUAACUGUAUUCGCUGUCAAUGUUUAUAUGCUAGAAACUGCUUCGUCGAUGACCGAAUAUUGGCCUUAUUUUCAUGAGAACUGGCUAUCUUGUACCGACCUCUGGGUUUUCUAUAAACGUAAACAAAAUUUGACUUAUAUGAAUAACACAAAUAACAGAAUAGAAAGUUUUUAUAGAACUGUUAAACGUAAAUUUCACGAGAGAUCCAAAAUUCCACAUAUUGCCGAAGCAUUAACAAUAUUAAUGUCACUGUUACGAUUUAAGUCAAUUGUACAAAAUUAUAACAUUGUUCGGCAAGAGUUAACGUCGUUUUGUAUUGCCAAUUCAAAGUAUCCCGAAUUUAUUGAGCAAUGUGGAAGAAUACUGAGCGGUGAGCAAUAUCUAUCGAUAAUGCUACUUUCUAAUUCUGUUGUCCCAAAGUUCCAUUAG